ACAAACCCAAAUCUUCCCACCCCCCAAAAAAAAAAAAAAAAAAAAAAAAAAAAUGGCUGCCAACACCUUAAUGAGCUGCGGCAUCGCCACCGCCUUCCCGUCCGUCCUCUCCUCCUCCAAGUCGAAAUUCGCCACUUCUGGCCAGCUCCCUGGUGUUGGUGUCAAUGCCUCAUCUAGGUUCACUAUGUCCGCCGAUUGGAUGCCCGGCCAGCCUAGGCCUCCUUACCUUGACGGCUCAGCUCCAGGUGACUUUGGGUUUGACCCACUCAGGCUAGGUGAAGUGCCUGAGAACUUGGAGAGGUUCAAGGAAUCUGAGCUGAUCCACUGCAGAUGGGCCAUGCUUGCUGUUCCAGGGAUUUUGGUACCAGAGGCCUUGGGCUUAGGCAACUGGGUAAAGGCCCAAGAAUGGGCAGCAGUUCCAGGAGGGCAAGCCACAUACUUGGGUAACCCAGUUCCAUGGGGAACUUUGCCCACCAUCUUGGUCAUUGAAUUCCUCUCCAUUGCCUUCGUAGAGCACCAAAGGAGCAUGGAAAAGGACCCGGAAAAGAAGAAGUACCCUGGUGGGGCUUUUGACCCAUUGGGCUACUCUAAGGACCCAGAGAAGUUCAAGGAAUACAAAGUCAAGGAGAUCAAAAACGGUCGGCUGGCAUUGUUGGCAUUUGUUGGGUUCGUUGUUCAGCAAUCGGCAUACCCUGGCACCGGACCAUUGGAGAACUUGGCUACUCACUUGGCUGACCCGUGGCACAACAACAUUGGGGACAUCAUUAUCCCCAGAUCGAUUUUGCCUUGAGUUCUUGGGGAAACAAAAGAGACAAAAAAAAGUUGGUUCAUUUUGUUACACCCACUGUAAAAUUCCAUGUACCAAUAUGUAAUAUUGAAUCAAAAAUUUAUUUUGUGGACUGGAUAUUCAGAUAGUAAGGAUCUCUAUAUGGUGACCUUCAUUUUAAUUAGAAAAAAAGUAUUGAGCUAA